AUGGCCCUCUCUGCCCUCUCUGGCAGUCUGGCUCCUCUGUCUCCUCUGGCUCCCCUUGCUCAGGCCAUCACGAACAUGCGGUCCCGCAAAUCGCUGAUCAAUCCAAACGACACUGGACUGAAGCUGCGUCUUGAGUCAAGCAACACCCACCAGUGCCACGCCCCCCGGCAAGACGUCACAUUGGGAGCGACAAGCACAGAUGGCAGAUAUCCGUAUCUGAAUUGCGCACUUGCCGAAUGCAAGAUUUACUGCCGAUUUCUUAAAGAUUUGCAAUGGAUUGACAUGACGUCCCCCUCACUGCUCAGGCAUGCCCCCUACACUGCCGAAUCCAAUGGCUAUCUGCGCCCCCUUCUAAGUUCCCCAAUCCCAUCAGCACAAAGGACAAUGGCAAGAUGGAGGCUUGAUCGGCAACGACCGAACCGCUCGUGGAGCCCCGGGCUGUCGCUUGCUUCCCCAGGAAGCUAUGUCAAAUGGAUCGGUCACAACUCACAAAGCAACCAUCCCAAGGCUUCCCGCUCGAGGCGACAGAUUCGAGAAGAAGAAGAAAAAACUCUGCUAGAUCUGUUUGCCAGUGGGGGGAGAGUGGAGGAGAGGGGGGGACAAGAGAAGGCCCGGAGGGGUGGGAAACACAGAGACAUAGAAACACUGUGUGCGAGGCAUCGGAAUGUCAACCAGGACUCCUCCUCACGUGGCGAGACCGUUCUCAGCUCCCCACGCCACCAGCGCUAA